GUUUUGAAAGCUUCCGCAAAUCAAGGAGCAGCGCGUCGUUCCGCAUCAGGUGUUGGUAAAUGUGAAAAACGGUUAUGGCUCUGCUGCCUUAUAAUAUCCUUGUGUUUCCUGUUUGCUUUGUAAUAAUAAUAACUGUAUGUCUAUAAACGGAUAUUUGUUUAAUUGUAUUUUGUUCUUUCUUCGUCCUCGGAAAAGGAUAAUUUAACAAGAAAAAAGAAAAACAAAUAAAAUAAAAUUAAAAAAACGGAACAAUUGAAAUCGCAGUGACCGUGAAACUGUAUCAGUGAGAAACACAGGAUAUAUACUAUAUUAUAUAGAAAGGACUCCUCCAACGAGUUCAGAGUGUCAGAGUUUACCUCUGCUCUGACGUCAACGAGACGCCCCGUGACGGUAGUUGUGAUCUUGAAACGUUCGUCGACGUUGACGUCGAUGUCGACAUCGUCGUUGUCAUUGUCGUUGUUUGGUAAUAUACUCGUGUAGAAUAAGCUGAAUCAGAACCAGCAGCAAAAGCGUCAACAACGUAUGGAUGUAUGUAUGGGUACUGUAUUAGUCAGUGAGUGCGAAUAAUAUACUGAAAUGAAGGAAGAGAAAUAAAAUUGAAAAAAAAAUCACUCAUACGCCGUGAUGUACGUAAUUAGAAACAACGAGUGAAGGGAAUUAUUAUUAUAUGUGUGUCAUAAGCGACACAUCCAGUAUAAAUAAAUUCCCCAUCAAAUAAAAAUAAUAAACCAAAUAAAUUACUCAUAGAAAGUAAAAAUAAAUAUUAAUUAAAUCGUAGAUACGUUAAAACAAAAAUAAAAAUUGAAAAAAGUGUUCAUUUAAAAAAAAGUUUAAUUAUUAAAACAAAAAAUUAUAUUAAUAAUAAAUCCACACUGCCUCAAAUAAAAGCAAUUCAAUUCAAUGUGCGUAUAAAAAUAGUGUUAAAACGUUUUAAAAUUAAUUCAACAUUUAAAAAAUAAAUAAAUGUAGAAAAAAUAAAUUACAGUGCGUUUUCAGUUUUUAAAUAAAUUAUUAAAUAAUAAUAAUUAUAUAAAUAAAUAAGUGAAUUUAAAAUAAAACAACAAAACAAUCACAGAUUCCAAUUAAAUUUAAUUAAACAAAAAUAAAAUAUUUCUAUUUAUCGGAUUAGUAUCUCUAUAAUGAAAUACGGUACACGUACUCAAAAGGAUUAUGGGACUCACGUAAUCGCACCGAUUGCAUUCGAAGGGGAUUUUAAUCGACUCCGAUAGAAAAAGAAUCAAGUGAAGAGUUAAAUCGAAAGCCAGUUCGUUGUGUUUUUUUCUCGCUUAUAAAUUUAAUUCUUUAUUUUUGUUCGUCUAUGUGAAGCACCUUUUUCAACCCCUCACAACCACCCUCAACUUCAGCCCCUUGCCUCAAAACACUCACAGGCUAAAUCGAUAAAUAAAAUAAAAAAAAAUAAAAACACGGAGAAAGGAACCUUGUCAUUGGAUUAUUGAGAUUCAGGUGGCAGAGAGGAGAGGAUUAAAGCAGAUUGGAACGCGAAGGACGUCGAAUAAAACACACAAAAUAACGAUCUGGUAUUUAUUUCGAUUGCUUUAAGACGACGCUUUGAGAAAGAUUGAUAAGUGACGAUAAGAAGUGGAAUUCAAUAAAAAUAGACGUCAUCACAAAAUAGAAAAGAACUAAUUCAACAUUUAAUAAAAUGUCAAAGGUGUAAUCGAAUAUUUUUUUUGGAAUUGGAAACGGGUGCGAACGGAGCCAAGCAGCGGAAGCUGAAGACGUAUAGGAUAGGCAAUGUUUAAAGAUUCAAUAAUGACGAAAUGGCGACGAAAAAGCAGCAACAUUUCGAGCAUUUCCAUCGUCAACGACGACGUUGCAGUCGAUGCAUCGAUCAAAUCAAAAAGGACCUCCCUCGCCACAUCAUCCUGCUCAAUGAUGCUGCGACGACCAUCAACAACACCGACAACAAUAUUCGUUAUUGUCCUGAGUCUAGUAGCGAUACUUUCAUCUGUAGUGACCGGAGCCGGAACUCCAACAACAACAACGAAACCCUCCCAACUGGCUCCUGUCACCCAAUGCAGGAUGUCAGAAUUCACAUGUACCAACGGACGGUGUGUGUCCUUAAAUAAUUUCUGUAACAAUGUUAACGAUUGUGGCGAUGGCAGCGAUGAACCUCGAUUUUGUACACGAUGUAACAAAACUUACUAUGGCGACAUUGGACUAACGUAUUCCCUGGAAUUACAUCGACCAAAACAGGAUAAGAUUCCGUACGUGUGUAUCCUGACAUUCACUGCCGCUGGCGGGAUUCAUGGCGACGUUGUUCAGGUAACCCUUGACAGUUUUACUAUUGGACGAUUUACAUCGUACGUGCACGAUGGAUGUCCUGAUGGGUAUAUGCAGAUUUCUGAAUCGGCGAGAACGCCCAUUGGCGGAAUGUGGUGUGGGUCGUCAUGGGGACCAGUGCUGUUCUAUAGUGAGACCAGAUCUUUGGUUUUCACUGUCAAACUUAACAGACUUGCCCGAGAUCAAAGUGGAUACAAUUUUGACUUUCGUAUACGUUACAAGGUCCUUUCCCGAGAUAGUGCAGUAACACGUUACGGGGGGAUUAAACUAGAAGAUUUCACUCCUUGGUAUAAUGUGAGCAAUUUCUUACAUCAAAAUGCCGUCGAGGAUUUCACAAAUUCCAGUGCUCGUUCGGAUCGCUAUGGGCAGGACUUUAGUUUGUUUAGUUCAUAUGUUAACGAUAAGUCCUUUACGAGCAUCCUUGAUAGGCCUGUGAUGAAGGACGACCAAAACUACACCGAACCCAAAUACUAUUUGGGAGACCUAAUCCCAGGCACCUAUUGUUCAAGAAUUUUCAGCGACUGUGAUAAAAAAGUUUGUCGUCUUCAAUCACCAAACUAUCCAGGAAUUUAUCCCAGAAAUUUAACUUGCUACUAUGCGGUGCGACAGCACGACGUGCCUGAUGGAAAACAUGCCCUCAUCCUUGUACGCCAGCCAAAAGGAAACCUCGUUUGGAUAUCCACUCAAGAGACGAUAGGUAAUAAGAUAGGGAAUACAAACGAAAAGGAUAAGAAAUUUGAACCUCGCCUCAAGACCUGGAACGAUUGUGACUACAUUCAGGACAGCCCAAACCCGAAAUGGAAAUCAACGGAUUACGUGACCGUGUACGACGGCUACACCAUUAGAGACCCGGUAAUCCUGAAGUUUUGUGGCGGUGGACAGAGCGUGCCGGCGGCAGUCUCCAGUGGGCCACAGUUAUUAGUUGAGUUCACAACGUCGCCGUUUGGAACAUUUACUGGAACCUCAUCCCAGAUCUUGCCUUUGCAUGGAUUCCAGCUUGAGGUUGAAGUUAAGUUCGUGGAUAUACAAAGUCCAACGUACGCGAAGAACAAGAAAUUGUGUGAAUUUUGGAUUCGUGGCUCGGGGCGUGGUAUCCUGGAGAAUCCCAAACACUCGCUGGCACCGAACACAACGUGUUUGUAUCAUUUACAAGGAACCGGAGUCUUCAAAACCUACGACCAUCUGAGUUUGCCUCGUCGCUCCGGGCAGCAAUAUCAAAUGCCACUGUCACGGUUCAAGGUCUGGAUAUCGAUGUUGAAAUUCAAUUUGGAUCCGGCAUUCGGGUUUCAGGAUGAGACAUCGGUCGGGGCUAUUGGAGUCCUUCAGACACACGAGGACUGCAGUGGAAUGUUGAGAAUUUGGGAUGGUGCCCUGAGGGAGCCGCCUGUCUGCAAGGAUUUGAAUUGUGAACGUGAUAUCCCUAACCAUCCUGUAUUGGCACAAUACGGCCAAAACUACACAAACGUCAUAGCCCGUUUUUGUCGAGGAACCGUUCCGAGAACUUGUGACCGAGCGAACAUCAACGAAACACAUGCACGUCCGUGUAUGGUUAGCGAGAGCUACGUAUCCAGCGGUGAUACCAUAACUCUCGAGCUUAGGAAUACCGAGUCAACAGUCCUAAGACCACUUGACUUCAAGCUUAAGUAUGAAUUUGUUGACCUGCAUCAGGAUGGCAUUCCAAUGGGUGGCGAACAUGACUGCAAUCGGAAAUUCGUUAGCAGCCAAAUGGAUCGAAAGGAUCCAGCUAUCUUCCGAAGCAUACGCAACAUAUUCAUGUUCGGUCGGGGGGGUACUCGAAAUCUCAGAUGCAUUUACAAAUUCGAAGGACAACGAGGCGAGCGUGUUCGGAUUAAGCUUAGGAAGGUGACCACAAUGAAUCGUAUGUGCACCUCGAAAGUGGAUGAGGACAUCAAUAGGUCAUUCUGUUACGGCAACACCAAUGUUCGUGUUGAGAUUUUCGAAAGACCCUAUCAUGAUUCGAUUCUGUUGCCACGUGGCUGUUUGUGCAAUUCUUCGAACGCAUCCCAUUUACCAGUUGAAUACACCUCAACCAGCAGGGACUUGGAAGUACAUUUUACAGCGCUCAACAUGACCACACUCGAUGACCCAGACGCAUUGAACUUCGAAGGACUCUUUGAAUUCGUCAAGGGACCAACAAGCUGCAAGGAUGGUCGAAGGAAAUUCGGUCCAAGUGGCACCAUCGACAUGACGUUCGGAGACAUGGACUGCCGCACCCGACCAUGGUUAAUCGAGCCUUCAAAUGGAAACAAGUUCUUGUACGUCCGGCUGAAGGGCAUCUUCCUGCGAAAGUACAGUCCGAAUAUACAUAAAACGAUUAAUGCCACAGUGAUAGGCACCAGCUCAUAUCGGUGCGAGACCAAGGCGAGAGUGGUGCUGACAACAUCUGAAGGACUCACAAUAACAGCAUGUCCUUUGGGUGAGAACUCGAAUGCAUAUGAAUUUGUGGAGAUAUUCAGUGCGGGCUGGAAUGAGAGGCCGAAUUAUGCAAUAGCCAACCGAUCGAAGGCUAUCAGUGUCGAGUUCCUCAGACCGGAUAAUGGUGAUUUCACAUUCAAUUGGAUGGAAUUGGUUCCUAGACCAGCCUUGGGCUUAGUAGAAGACUGUACAUUCAAGUGCUCCGAAUUGGGGGCAUGCGUUAAUGCUAGCGUGUGGUGUGAUGGAGUUGUGCAUUGUCCAUCCGGCGACGAUGAGUCGUUCCUGCAGUGUUCUGCCAUUAUGAAACUGCCAGCUGAAAUUUUAGCUACAUUGUGUAUCCUAAUGGUGCUGUUUUGCUGUGGGUUCGUUGCGUUCGCAUACAAAAAAAUCAAACGAAAACUGCGCGGGUCUUCAGUUCUACAAACACGACUGAAAUCUCUAAGUUCUAUGGAUACAGCAGUUUUUGAUGAAAAAGAUGUGAUUUGCUGACAAAGCGACAAUUCUGUACGAUAUGUGGAAAUAGAUCGUGUAACCACUGUCUGACCACAUUCAAUCAUUAUCGUACAGAAUUGUGCCCCGGAACAAGAGACUUUAUGUAAACAAUUACCAACAAAAACAACAACAACAACAAAAACAACCACACUACUAAAACUACUAAAAUAUUGUACCAUUAUAACUAUCAACUAAACUGACUAAACAAUACUAUAAAAAAAAUAUUGUAUUUUUUAAGUUUUGUUUCAAUUUUUAAGUUUUCUUUUUAAGUAUCUAACUAUAAUUAAAAUAAUUUUUUUACGAACAAAAAUUUAAAAAUAAAAUAAAAAAAUAAAGAUGUGUAUUUUCUAGUUAAAUAUUGUUAAACAAAAAACAUAAAAUAAAACUAAAAAACAAAAUAAUAAUUUAUUAAAACUGCAAUUAAAGACCAACGGUUUGGUACCUUCAAGAAAGCGGGAAAAAGUGAAAUAGAGAUGAAAUAGAAAGAGAAAGAAAAAUAACUUAAAUUUCAAUACAACUCUUGAACAAAAAACCAAAAAAUAUAAAAUUAUUAAGAAAAAUAGGUUAAUUAUUACUAAAAACAAAAAAGCAAACAUUUAAUGUGCCAGGAUUCGUAUUUUUUAGUCCUUAGGUAAAAUUAUUAAAAGAACAACAAAACAAAAAAAAAAAACGAAAGUCAACCGAAAUGACGCACAAAAUAUUUUAGAAAAAGAGUUAAUUCUAUAAAAACCAAAAAAUUUUAAAAAAUAAAACAAAAAAUCUCUGCGUCAAACCAACUGAAAAUUUUUGUACUACGUUUUAGUAAUACUGUUUAAAUUUAAACUAAGCCUAGAAAAACAAAAA